UAGUUUCACACUUUAGUUUCCUGAAGAAAGACUAGAGGAGAGAUCCAAUAUGAAAUUCACACAGAAUAUCGCUUUGGCCGUCGUUGCCAUUUUCGGUUUGUGCGGUUGUGCUUUGGCCAAUUAUGGAGCAGCUCCUUCAUAUUCGGCUGCUGCCCCCGCCUAUGUCGAGGCUGCUCCAGCCUAUGGCCGUUCUUAUGCCGAUCCCGUUUACUCGCCCGAAAAUGCUGAAGCCGCCGCCUCGGCUUAUACCGAUGUUGCUGCCGCCAAAGCCUCCGCCGCCAAAUUGGAAGAUGUGAAUUUGGCUGCCGUCCACCGUUAUGGUUAUCAAAUUGGUGUGCCUCUAUUGGUUCGUAACUAUGGCCAUUUGACUCCCUUGUACUCGGCCUUGGCUCCCAAGCGUAGUUUUGUUGGAACAAUCGAUGCUGGUUUCUAUAAGGACUCCUAUGGCAAACUCAAAUUCCGUGAUGAAACCGCCGUUGGUGCUAUUGCCCUCUAAAUUAUCCAAUAAUUUAGUUGUCCCUGGCUAGAGCAUCUACAGUGAGAAUUACGUGCUAUUUGUACCUUAAAGAAAUAGAAAACAAAGAAUUUUAGUUUUAAUAAAACUAAAUUGCA